GCCUCUUCCACUUGCGGGUAAUCCUGAGCUCAAACCGAGAGUAGCCCCGGGAGAUAAGAGCACGGCAGCUGCUCGCUAACUCGCAGGCGCUGGGGAUCGAGGCGCAGCCAAAGGGCGCAGGAGGCAUUCUGCAGACUGGGAUUUGUGUGUGGAAGGCAAAUCGUUAAUCGGGCCAAGAUUUGACAGGCUAUUGACGUUUACGGAUCCUUAUGUAAUCGGAAACAAUAAUGCGUGAAGUGCUGAGAUAGCAAAUAUCGAUAAGAAUCGGGAGGUAGCCGCAUCACUGUGCAUUGACCGGUUGCAUCGACGGCAGCUUGAAGUUGGCUUGUUGUUCACUGACAAGUCGCCGAACUUGCCCACAUUUCGGAGCAAAUGGCCCAGCGACCUGGGAGCCUCUUAGUGACGAGGUCCUCCCACGUUGGUCUGGAACAGCUGAAGCACUAGCUGAACCCAGUGCCAGGAUAAGGAAAGGAGAAGCAGCAUCCUCCAGGAUCUAUCAGUCAGUGAAACCCAGCCAUGGGGGAGGAUAGCAGCAGCCAAGGCCAGCCCGAGGAAAAGUGCAAGCCUGAGAAGCAGUUCACCUUGUGGUACAUGGGCUGCUCCACCCUGGACAGGAGGACCACCCUGCCCAUGUUGCCCUGGCUCAUGGCUGAGGUCCGCAGGCGCUGUGAGAAACAGGAGCCAGGGUCAUCCAUGGCAGCGCGGGAAGUUCAACUCAGCCUGGUCCGACCUCUCAUCAGGUGUGUCCCCAAGGCCACCAGCAGCAACCCCUCAGUCUUCAUCUUCGAGCAUAAGGCGCAGCAUGUCACUAGGUUCAUCCACAACAGCCACGACCUCACCUACUUCGCCUAUCUGAUCAGAACCCAACCUGACAACCCUGAGUCAGAGAUGGCUUGCCAUGUUUUCAGAGCCACUGACCCAAACCAGGUCCCUGAUGUUAUCAGUAGUAUUCGGCAAGUAUCCAAGGCCACACUAAAGGAGGACACAAAAUCCCGGCAGGUCAGUGAAGAUGCUUUCUACAACUCACAGAAGUAUGAGGUGCUGUACUGCGGUAAAGUGGUGGUGACACACAAGAAGGCUCCGUCCACCCUCAUCGAUGACUGCAUCGAGAAGUUCGCCCAGCACCAACUGGAAAAGGAGAGGCUGCAGCUGCUCAACGAGAAGCCUCUGGCCGACGUCACCGUUGACCAGGAGGAAGAUGAUGCCAGCGGGGACAUGGCACUUCCCCACGAUGUGGCUGACGGGGCAACGGUCAGCACCAACCUGCCUUCAGCCGGCGGCAGUCAGAGCGACCUGCUGGGCUUGGGUUUGCGUUCGGUCCUGACCGAACCCAGCCUGGAGGAUGCAUCUCUGGAAGAGGAGCAUGCCGAAUUCCGGUCGCGGUGUUACAGUGUCGCCAGCAUCCGGCUCAAGCGGGUGCCUGACCUGGGCACCAAAUUGCCAACUCGAAGACGUCAUGCCAGCGCUCCAAGUCACGUCCAACCCUCUGACACAGAGAAGAAUAGGACCAUGUUAUUCCAGGUCGGUCGGUUUGAAAUUAACCUCAUCAGUCCCGACACCAAAACAGUUGUACUUGAAAAGAAUUUCAAAAAUGUUUCCUCAUGUUCUCAGGGUAUUAAACACGUGGACCAUUUUGGGUUCAUUUGUCGAGAGAGUGCUGAACAGGGUCUAAAUCAAUAUGUGUGCUACGUGUUUCAGUGUGCGAAUGAAUCACUGGUGGAUGAGGUCAUGCUGACCUUGAAGCAGGCCUUUAGUACAGCUGCUGCCCUCCAGAAUGCUAAGACUCAGAUCAAACUCUGUGAGGCAUGCCCCAUGCAUUACCUGCAUAAACUCUGUGAACGGAUUGAAGGUAAAUAA